UUUCUCUCUUCUCGCGUGCUUCAGAUCCUCACCACACGUUUUGACAUUUCCCGACCGCGUCCGUUCCGGGUUAUCGUCUAUAUCUAGGACUGUUCCUUUGCGGCAUCCCGUGUAGUCCGAGGAUUCCUUCUGCCCGCCAUGGCUUCCGCAGUAGCAGACCUAGAAGCUGGCCUCCAGGCCAUGCUGAAUUUGAAGCCCCCAGGAGUUUCCGGAUCUCGCAUCACCAGUCUCACAUCGCUCUGUGUCUCCAACAUCCAGUCCGAGUCUGUUCUCAUCCAGAAGAUCUACACCCACUUCAAGAAGGCACCUGGAACACACAAGUUGGGAGUACUCUACGUCGUAGACUCUGUAACCCGAAAAUGGCUGGAGCAGGCAAAGGCCCAGGCACAGGCAAUAAACAGCUCUGCCCAGGAUGGAACCUACGCCGCUGGCGUCCACAGAGUGACGGAACUCAUGCCCGUUUUGAUGAAUGACAUCCUGCAAACCGCCCCAGAGGAGCAAAAGGAAAAGAUUAAGAAACUCCUUGACAUCUGGGAGAAGGGCCAAACCUUUCCCACGCUAAUGAUCGAGUCCUUCAAGGAGAAGCUCAAUGCCCCUCCACCACCAACAACCUCCACAACACCUCCUGGUAGUCCUCCGCCCAACCUGAUGGCUUCGCUGCAGGGCAAGUCCGGGGCCCCCGCAGGACUUACAGCCCCCAACGGCUCCUCCAUCUUGGAGGCUCUCGCCAAUAUUGCGCGCCAAAACACCAGUAUGCCUCCGGCUCCCUCAGUCCUCCCGGCUCCGACUGCGUCGUAUAAUUUGCCUGCCACGGGAUUGCCGCUACCAGUGUCGUCGGCUCUGCCGCAGGCCCAGAUGCCCGUAUCCUACCCCCCGACCUCGCAGCCUGUAAAUGUGCCGUCUCUGCCCUUUGCUCUGCCUCAGAUGCCGGGCCAGAAUGCUCUUCCAGGUGCUAUCCCGAACAACCCGAGUAAUGCGCCCAACCCAUUCCCCGUCGCUCUUCCCGGCGGCGGGGCCACGGGAGGCGGGCUAGAUCCGAACGUCCAGCAGCAGAUCUUGCUGAUCAAGGCACUUGCCGAUCAGGGCGUUCCAUUUGACAAGAUCCCGGCUUUGAUCCAAGGGAUGGGCAGCGGAGGAGCGGGGGCUGUACCAACCCCUCAACCUCCCGCGCCGACGCCGCAGAAUCCAUAUGCGGCUGGUCAACCAGCAUGGGGAGGCCCGUUGAUGCAGCCCGGUGAAUCACGUGAUAGGGACUACCAAGACCGUACAAGAUCUCCUCCAAGAUAUCACGGCCGAUCGCGAUCGCGGUCUCCCGACAGAGGUUGGGGAGCCCGUGGAUCGCCCCGAAAUGGACGUGACCGGAUGGACCAUGGCCGUAACUCGCCGAAUCGUGGUCGCCACGAUGAGCGCCGCGGAGGUGACUAUCGCCAGCGUAGCCCGCCCGGACGCCGUGGCCGGAGUCCCAGCCCACCACAGGAGCCUCAGCAGGGCGACAAGUGGAUUGAAUUCGAUCCCAACCUGCCUCCGGGCUCAAUCAAGGUCUUGAGCCGAACCCUCUUCGUAGGAGGGGUAACAUGCUCCGAGAACGAACUGCGCAACAUUUUCAGCCGCUUUGGUACUGUACAGACCUGCAUCGUCAACAAGGACAAGCGACAUGCUUUCGUCAAGAUGCUCACCCGCAAGGAUGCCGUCACUGCCAAGGACGGCACCGAGGAUACUCGAAACCUAGAAGUGCCCCUUCGUACUCGCUGGGGUGUCGGCUUCGGUCCUAGAGACUGCAGCGACUAUUCGACUGGUGUCAGCGUCAUUCCUAUCCACAAGCUCACCGAAGCCGAUCGCAAGUGGAUGCUGACCGCCCCUUUCGGCGGUAGCGGCGGCCGUCCCAUCGAGGCCGGUAUGUGUGUUGAGGAGCCCGACAUUGAGAUUGGUGCCGGAGUUUCCUCAAAGGCAAUCAGCCGGCGAAUGCAGACCGACAAGGGCGGCAGCAACGGACCCAAGUCGACUCGCAACCGCGACGAUGAUCUUUCUCGCUGGCGACGAGGAGGCCGCGACAACAAUGGUAGCAACGGUCAUGGCGGCGGCAACGGUGUCAACGGCCAUCAUCAUCGCCGUGGCGAAGACCACCGCGACGACCGCCGUGACGACAUCAACAUGGGCGUCCAGCAUCAGCAGAACAUGAUGGCCGGGUUCCCCUUCGGCAUCGGUACCUUACCCAACGGCAUGCCCAACUUCCCUGCGGGCUUUUCGUUCCCUGACCCGAGCGCAGGCAACUAGGGGAUGGAGAGAGAGAGACAGCUUGAUGAUACCCGAACGGAACGGAUAGGGCGGCCUUUU